AUGGCCGAUACAAAUGGUAUAAGCUCCAAUAGCCCGGUUGGAGACGCGUCCACCCCGCUCACCCAGGUUCGCCCGGGAGGUGCUCCAUCGCGCGUGUAUCUCAACGCCAAGGUCGUGCCGCAGCUUCUCGAAGGAAUGAAGCUUCUAGCAAAGGAUCAGCCUGCCAUGCCUCUUAAGGUACUUGGAGAGUUCUUACUUCGUAAGAGCAAUGAGAUUGAAGGCAAUGACUCGGAGUAA